GACGGUCCCGCGGGGUAUCGAGCGCAUGCGCGCAGUGCUUUACGAGGUGAGCUGAGGAGGGGGCUGGCGGAGGAGGAACGCCCCCAUUAGAGCGGAGCGACCCGCUGGGGCUGGAGCCCAGGCCCCGAAGAUGGGCGGGGAACCCUCCGCCGUCGCUAUGGAAUGUGGGUGGGAGCAGCUGACCCUCGCCUUCUCCCGGGUCUCCAUGUUCCCCUUCUUCGAUAUCGCCCACUACCUGGUGUCUGUGAUGACGCUGAGGCAGCAGCUCGGCGCUAUUGCGGUGGCAUGGCAGAGCCCUUUAAUAAGCUGGUUUAGCGCUAUGAUGCACUGCUUUGGAGGGGGAAUUUUGUCUGCUUUUCUGCUUGGAGAGGCUCCAAUAAAAUUCCUUGACAAUAACACUAAUGUCUUAUUGGCGUCUUCAGUCUGGUAUAUUGUAUUUUAUUGCCCAUAUGACAUAGUUUCCGAGUGCUAUCGUUUCCCGCCUGUUAAACUCUUGGCUGCAGGAAUGAAGGAAGUGACCAGAACUUGGAAAAUUGUAGGUGGAAUCACACAUGCUAGUAGCAAUUACACAGAUGCCUGGAUGGUGCUGGUAGCUGUUGGAUGGGCCCGAGGUGCUGGUGGUAAUGUAAUCGUAACGCUGGAGCAAUUUCUAAGAGGGACUUGGAAACCUGAAACUAGCAAAUUGCUGGAGAUAUCCUACCCUGUGAAGAUAACUCUGGUGGGAGCAGUUCUCUUCACAUUACAGCACACAGAGAAGCUGCCGAUUGAAAAACAUAAUCUUAUGUUCUGCUACACUUUUUUUAUCGUUGCCAUGAAGAUAAUCAUGAUGCUUACCGAGUGUGAGUCUUCUCCCCUCACUCCUUUUGAGAUUAUGCUGAGUCGAAUGCUCUUUGGCUUUUCGCAGAACGAUACGUCAGCCAUGCCGUGUAAUACUUUGAAACCGUCUUUCAAUGGCACAAGCACAAGCUCAAUACCCUGUCCAACCAGUAUUGAAAAUAAGAAGAAGCAUAAUAAGAAGACAGAAUAAAUUCACUUGGCAAGCUCUAGGUUGCCAAAAAUAUUUUCUUGUUCACCUCGCCAGUUGUGAUUAAUAUUUCUAUUGCAAAUGACGUGAAGUGAGGAUUAUAUGUAAGGAAUGCAGGUGACAAAAAGGAAGUACUGCCUUCUGCUUGGGAGGGAUACUACUAGUUGUGGCAUUGUGGCUACAAUUUAAAGGGGUGUUGUAGAUUGUGAUUUCUUGUAUCAUGUAAGAAUGUUUUUCUGAGUUAAAUGUGAAAGAUUCUAUUGUGAUCAUUUUUAAUAGUUUUAUAUUGAUGAAAUAAGGCUAGCAUUUUUACAAGUGGUAGGAAAAUAAGCCUAAAAGGUCCUUACAAAAUAACAAAAAAUAAAUGCUUUCAUUUUCCCUUAGCAUCUCUCAUGUACCAUUUUUAUUUGCAUAUGAAGUGUGCCUUCAGUUUGCACUGCUAAUUACCUUCUAUAAUUUAAAGGUGUGAAGUUUGUUAGUCAUUUAAUUUGAGCAAUGAAGGGAGAGAAUAAAACUUUACUAAGGUAUUUCACAUUAUGAGUCAGACUAUAUUACCAGUUUGUUUCAGAUGCAUUUUUCUAUCUCUUGUCCAUAAAAUGUAUCUAAAAUUUUAGAUAAUUAUAUUAUUGAGACUCGAUAUUAGUGAUGUGGAGUCUGUAGCUAAAAUCUACCUUUUCUUUUAAAAAAUUAUUUUUUUCUUCAAAAGUAAAUCAGGGGUUUAAUUUUUCAUUAAUUAUUAAUCUCAUAUUUUCCAUUCUAAGAAUUUGUCCCUCCUUUUUCAUAAAUUACAUUUGUACUACCUGUAGGAGAAAUCAUUAAUUGUUAUCAACAUUUCACAUAACUAAGGACAAAGGCUGAAGAAUUUAAUCUGAAUACAUUGUGGUAGUUGGCAUUUUAAAGGAAUUAUCCCAAUCCUUAAGUACAUCAUAUUUUAAAAAUAGCAAUAAAAAGUCCCUUUUAGGUAUCCUUUUCUGUUGUGGCCUUUUUGUUUUUAGCUAAAUAUUCCCUACUACCUGUUUCCAAAACCAGUUUUCAUGAGUCUAAUGUUUAUAAUACACAGAAUUUAAAUUAAAAUGAAUUGCCUCCGUGUGAAAAUGUAGCAUACCCGUUCUCUGAUGUCAGUUAUUUCUUUGAAUACCUCUUGAAUUUGGGGUUAUAACCAAAUACCCAAACAGAAACAAUAAAAACACAUGAUAAUCCAUUUGAACACAGAAUAAUGGCAUUAAAUCUAAUUCCUUUUUGGCAAAAAAAUUUUUUUAAAGUAAUGUUAGAUUUACAUGUUUUAUACUGCAGUUUCAAGUGCCAGUUAAUACUUUGAGGCUUAGUGAUAUGGUUUCAUCUCCUAAGACUAUGGGCUUAUUGCUAUCAGAGGAUUAACAAGUACUGGCAUUUUUCGAUGGCUCAGAAAUAUUAAAAUUCCAUCCAAGUAACUGGUUUGCAGAUAGCCAGAAUCUUUUAUUAUCAAGAUAUAACACUACAGGUACUAUACUUAAAGCACUUACAGAAGAACAACAUAGCUUUUUGUUAUAUAUGGAAUGGUAAGAAGUAUAUUUUUAGUAUUUUGAUUUUAAAAAGGCAUUGAGUAAAGUCCUGUAUAACAUUUGAUACUCUGAGUAUUUUAACAUUUCGUAAUAAUACAAGGGAUCUAAGUAUCAGGCUAAAUAACCUGGUCAUUUUUAUACCAAGCUAGUGUGUGACAAAGUGUUAAAAAUUAUUCUUGAAGUUUGCAAAAUUACUGUAGCUGAAACAGUGUGCUGUUUUAUGUUUGUGUUUUAUACAGACUUUUUAACAUUAAAGUAAUUUAUUCAUCA